CAAUUCAUCACAGUCACCGCGACCACCAUUACCGUCACCAUCAUUGCCCUUCUGUGACGCGCACGCCUGGCGCGACCAACACGUUGAGCAGAGCCGCACACCUUACUUCAAGAAGCUCACUUACAUCGCCCCAGCGCACUUCACCAUGACGGACGUCGACAGCAAGGCGCCCAACGGCUCUAACCAGGCUGCAGGUAGCAGCCCAGCGGCUGGCGGGUCGGCCGCUCUGCCCAAGCAGGCCAUCAUUAAGAACGUUGACAUGAGCGAGGAGAUGCAGCAGAUCACCGUUGACAUUGCGCAAGAUGCCUUGAGCAAAUUCACACUGGAGAAGGACAUUGCUGCUCACGUCAAGAGGGCUCUGGACCAGAAGCUCGGGCCCACAUGGCACGCCGUUGUUGGGAAGAUGUUUGGUUCGUACGUCACGCAUGAGACGCAGCACUUCAUCUACUUCUACCUCGGCCAGACUGCCUUCUUGCUCUGGCGAGCCUAAGAGCAGAAAGCACGGCUGUCUCAAAGAAACACCGUGAACGUGGGCGGUGGGCAUCAAGAAUGACCAAGACUGGACUUGUGGGGAGACAUACCGCGACGACGGUGGGGGGAGGAUCUGCGGG